AUGUUAUCGCUUUUAUCGUUUAAAGACCACUACUUGUAUUCUUGGAGGUUUAAUUCUGUGUCGCUCAAAUGUAUGAUCGAGCACCAGACCUUAUCGUGUGUCCUGCAUUUGAGGUGCCUCAUCUCUGAAUUUUCUGAUGAGCAUCGCAUUUCAAGCUUCAUGUCUAGAAUCAUUGUCAAGGGAUUGCCCUCUUACUGUGACGAAGCCAAGCUUCGUGAUCACUUUCUGAAGCAAGGAAAUGUCACCGAUGUCAAAUUGAUGAAAAAAAGAAACGGGGAGUCUCGACGCUUUGCGUUUGUAGGUUACAAGUCGAUCGAUGACGCAGAAAAAGCAGCCAAAUAUUUUCACCAAUCGUUUAUGGACACGGCUAGGAUACACGUGGAGUUAGCCAAGACAUUUUCCGAUCCUACAGUACCAUUAUCGUUUAGAGAACAGCAAAGAAUUAAACAAAAUCGUCUUCAAGAACAGGAAGAACGUCUUCUGCAACAGCAGCUUUUCAAGAGACAAAAGACAAAGUCCCAAAUUGACAAGGAAAUCGAGAACAACCCAAAACUUCAGGAGUUUAUGGAAGUUAUGAGACCAUCGCAUGAGGUCAAGUCAUGGGCCAAUGAUGCGGUUUUCAAUGAGGGUGGUGCUCCCUCUGCUAAGGAACUUGAAAGAGCUCUUGAGGCACAAGAAAAAGGGGACAAUGUCUCCGUAAAGCCAAAUAAGGUGCCUGAUGUGGUCCAUACGGAAGGGUCUAAGAGCGAUGACGAGUAUGAUGAUUUCCCUAAAUUUGACGAGGUUGAAGAUGAUGAAGAAGACGAGGAAAUGAUUCCUUUGAAUAAUAUUAACGACGACCAGCGUGAAGAUAGUUCAGAAACAGCUGCAAACCAAGAGAUGAGUGAUCUUGAUUGGCUCAGACAGAGGCAAACUAGAAUCAAGGAAAAUGGAGACAAGGCAGACCCCGCCAAAACCACGGAAGAGCCAGAUACUGCCGAUUCCAAUAUAGAAGUUCAAGAAACAAAGCAAGAAGAAUCACCCAGUGAAAAGAUUGCCAAGACCGGCCGUCUUUUUGUGAGGAAUAUUUUAUAUACUUCGACUGAAGAAGAGUUCCGUACUCUUUUCCAAAAAUAUGGUUCCCUUGAAGAAGUCCACAUUGCUGUCGAUACACGAACCGGCAAGUCUAAAGGGUUUGUCUACGUACAGUUCAAGCAGCCCAAGGAUGCUGUGGAAGCAUACAAAAGUCUUGACAAGCAAAUUUUCCAGGGCCGUUUAUUGCAUAUAUUACCUGCUGAAGCAAAGAAAGAUCACCGAUUAGACGAAUUCGACAUCAAAAACUUGCCCUUGAAGAAACAAAGAGACUUGAAAAAGAAGGCACAGGCAGCCAAAUCGCAGUUCAGCUGGAACUCAUUGUAUAUGAAUUCAGAUGCUGUUUUGGAAUCUGUCGCAGCCAAAAUGGGAGUUUCAAAGUCGGACUUGAUUGACGCCGAAAGUUCAUCAUCGGGUGUGAAGCAAGCAUUAGCUGAAGCACAUGUUAUUGGCGAUGUCAGGAAGUACUUUGAAAGCAAAGGUGUCGAUUUGACUUCUUUCAGUAAGAAAGAACGUGAUGACAAAAUUGUCUUGGUGAAAAAUUUCCCAUAUGGGACUGGUGUAAAUGAGUUGAAUGAGAUGUUUGGACAAUACGGUCCUAUAAAACGAACAUUGAUGCCACCAGCCGGCACCAUUGCAGUGAUAGAGUUCCAAGAUGCACCUAGUGCCCGAGCAGCCUUCACAAAACUAGCAUACAGAAAGUUCAACAAUUCGAUUCUUUACUUGGAGAAAGGUCCUAAGGGACUUUUCAUUCGUGAACCAGUCACUUCUGAGGUGGUUGAAGUUGAGAAAGAAAAAGUGGAACAAGGCAUUGAGCCUAAGGUCACGGCAAACUCUCUUAUCAGCAAUGACGCUAAGGAUGAAACUGAAAUUGAGGGUCCUACUGUGUCAGUUUUCGUCAAAAACUUGAAUUUUUCAACUACACAACCACAAUUAGCAUCAGUAUUUGAAAAGUUGCCUGGUUUUGCCCUGGCAAUCAUCAAAACUAAACCCGAUCCAAAGAAGUCAGGCGCCACAUUAAGUAUGGGAUUUGGGUUCGUGGAAUUUAAAUCAAAGGAAGAAGCUGAAGCUGCAAUCUCUGCAUUAAACGAUUAUGUCUUGGAUGGACACAAGUUGCAACUCAAAUUGUCGCACAGACAAGGAGGUCAAAGCAAGGGAGGAGCUUCGAAAACCAACAAGACCAACAAGAUCAUCAUCAAAAACUUGCCAUUUGAAGCUACUCGCAAAGAUGUGUUGGAAUUAUUUGGGGCAUUUGGACAACUCAAGUCUGUCAGAGUGCCGAAAAAAUUCGACAAAUCGGCAAGAGGGUUUGCUUUCGUUGAGUUUGUGUUGCUCAAGGAAGCCGAAAAUGCCAUGGAUCAACUUGAAGGAGUUCAUUUAUUAGGCAGAAGAUUGGUAAUGCAAUACGCAGAAAAAGACGCUGAAGACGCAGAGGCAGAGAUUGCGAAAAUGACGAAAAAGGUGAAGAACCAAGUUGCUACUCAAGAGCUUGCGGCAGCCAGAUUGGCAGGCAAGGGUAAGCGAAACAUAGACUUGGAUGAAGACGACGAAGAGAUGUAA